AUCACAAAAGGCAAUAAAAUCUGCCAGCAAUGAAAAUUCAUUUGUUAACAUAAUUUCAACCUAAAAAUAGGUUUAUGCACAUAGCAAUAACAUUCGCAAAGUCAAAAGAUUAUGAUUUAAUAUCCCUAAUAUUUUUAACAUCAAUUUAACCGCAACAAACCUUAGAAUAAGAUUUUACAUUAAGCGCUAUAAGAGCGAUGUCGAAUAUUUCCACUGUGAGAAUCACAAACCUAUGCAAUAGUGAUGUAAUAAGUGCAAUGUACACUUGCCGCACGAAGUAAAGACUCAGCAGGUUAACACAAUGACAUUUCUAAACAAUACUGAAGUCAAAUACAAAAGCUCAAUUCUAAGUUUUAACAAAAGAAUGUAAUUUAAUAGUUUUUGGUAACUACAUACAACACUGUUAUUUGAAGUGAAUAAAAAUCAAAUUAAAGGCAUUCCAAGAAAACGAGUUUUUCUCCAUCUAGAAAACACUUGUGCUCUUUCAUACUACACUAUAAAAUUUGUGAUUUAACUAAUUUCGAUUCUAACAAUAUAUGUAUAUUCUAGAUCAGUUAACAACACUCAAACACCAAUUAUCCUUUCACUCAACUGUUGUUCAAAAUUUCUGCCCCAACAUGUCAUCGGAUGCGAAAUUCAAAUUGUCUGAAAUCGAAGGUGAUCUCUUUAGCGCCCCAGAGGAACAUUCGCUUGCACAUUGCGUUGGCGCCGACUUUGCAAUGGGUGCAGGCAUUGCUGUAAAGUUCAAACAAAUCUACGGACGUGACAAACUACUGGCCCAGGAUGUAAAAUCUGGCGGUGUAGCCGUUUUACAAGAUAAAGAACGUUACAUUUAUUAUUUGGUGACAAAGCCACAAAGUUGGGGUAGUCCUACCUAUGAUAGCCUGCGCUCAUCACUGACUGCUAUGCGUGAGCAUAUGCGUAAAAAUAAUGUACACAAAUUAGCUAUACCCCGUAUUGGCUGUGGUAUCGAUGGUCUUGAAUGGGACAAAGUAAGCGCCGAAUUAAGCAAGGUGUUCGGUGACGAAGAGCUUGAAAUUGUAGUUUACAAUUUUGUACCUAAGUAAUGUCAUGCAGUAAGUGAUAACUUGAAUAUGGAGCUGAUCAUUUACUUAGAUUGAGCGGGAUGACUUCGUUAAUUAAUGCUAAGCAUUACUGGCAAAAUGUAUAUAAUGUAUGUAGGUAUAUUAUGCAUAUUAUGCAUAUUUGUACUAGAACCUGAGACUUGUUGUAAUAAAUGUUAAAAUCCAUAUAUUACAGUUAA